UAGUCUGUAUUGUUCAAGUUGGUUAUCAUAUUGCACAUCACAAACAUUGCAUCGCUUUCGAACCUUUCGAGGGAAUAAACUUGCUAGAUAAAUGUUAAACUAGAAUAUAUUUAAUAAUUGUACAUUUGAUAGUGAAGUAUAGCAAUGACUCCCCCAAUGGAACGAAUACAAACUUUGGAAGCCAUCGAGAAGGAUAUUAUCGUGUGUUUACAGAGUGCGGGACAGGCAUUCAUGGAACUCAGCAAGGAAAAAUCAAGUUUAAAGCAAGCAGAGGGACAAACAAAUCAGUUCAUCAAAACUUUGGGCCAUGUAGAAUCUAAAUUGAGUGAACAGAUAAACUAUUUAACUCAAGUUUCAACAGGACAACCACAUGAGGGAUCUGGUUACGCCAGUCAAAAAGUAUUGCAAAUGGCAUGGCACCGGUUGGAACAUGCACGUAGUAGGGUCAAUGAACUUGAACGUAUUAAAAACAAACAUCUACAUGGAAGAUCAACCGUCAGACCAAUGCAGCCACAGAUAGCCGCAUCAACUACACUAAUCCAGACAAAUUCAGCAAAUCAAUGAACCUUGUGAUCAACCCUUUUUAGGGUUGAUCAAAGACUUUUCAAUUAACUCUUAUUUAACCUAUUAAAAUAAUAAGUCAAUCGUUUUAAGCUGCCAUUUAAUUAUUCUCCAAACAUUCGGUGGGCUUUUGGAUAGUGCAAAUGCGGAAGAAAACCUUCUAUUGCAGCCAAUAAAAUGCAUUAUGUGCAAAGAUUAUCGUCAAGCUCCACUUAUUUGCAAAAUUAAUGACAUCGUUGCCAAUGUAUUUGGGAGGGCGAUUUUAGGGAAAUAUACUAAAUUCUUACUGUACAAGAAACUUUUGACAAUGAACAAUGAAAACCAUAUCUUGGCAAAAUAUUACACUUUUCCGAUCGAUUCAAAUUGAUAGUAAAAUUGGAGACGGAGAAUUAGAUGUUACCGAAACCGAAGAAAUCAAACCAAUUCUCACACCGUUCUAUACAGAAUAAGUGAUUCUGACUCAUGGGCGUUAUAAUCCUCGUCUCCGACUCGGACCAUAAAGUCGCAUUCGUCAGAUUCCCUUUUUCCGUCCUAGGCGUGAAAUAUACUAUUUCAUUAACGAGGGUGGAAUUUUUCCCCACUUUUCCAUUUAGCACUAGAAGUCUUAUAAUUGAAAUUCGCUUUUAGUUACUUGGAGGCUGUCUAUGCAUGGUCUAAAUCAAUUCUCGCUUUGAUUUAAAGUCAAUCGAGAUGCGAAUUUGUGAAUGAUAAAUAUUAUACUCUGGAGUGAAUUCAUUGAUGUAGUUUAUUCAAUUCUGUGUACAAUUGGGAUAACAAAUUGUUGUCUGUUGUCUAGUUGUCUACGUUACUCUUGUAUCUCAUUGUAAAUGCAAAUUUUCGUAUAAUUUUCCAA